GCGAAGCUUUCUUCUUCUAUGCAACUUCCCUUACAAGUAGCCUCCUCUCCGAGUGGUUGCUUCCUUCGCUCCGCUUCACUCUUCAAUUGCCCCCCCUCCUCUCUCCGAACCGCGCCCUUUUCUCUUUUUGAUAAACCCUAAAUCAUUUCAAUUCCGUCAAACCCCAAUGAUCAGUUCCGCGAAACCCUAGUUUUGUCGCCGGGCGCAUUGGAUAGCUCCCCCGAUCGGACUCCGAGGCUUGAUCUCUGUGCUUUCGUGGUGCAGUUUCGCGAUGAAGAACUCGUGUAAAAGCUUCGAGGUCUUCGAUUUCAAGGAGGAGGACGAGUUGGCGGAGUUGGCAUCCGCCAAGUUGGCUGGCAAAUUCAGAACCCCUGCCGCAAUCGACAGAUACAAUUUCGUCGAAAACGAUAAACUCAGAUCUGGAGGUUUCUCUGUUCAACUGGAACCAAGAGCUUUAAGCCCUGGAGCAGCUUCACCCGGCAACACCCAGUCAAAUUGUGCCCUGCAGGAGUCUUCAUCCAGUGAUGAGUCAGUUGGAGUGGUUUCUGACGCUGAUGAAAGUACCAGUGAGGGUUCUUCUCCAUCACGUUCUUCUGAUAUUCCAGGAGAUGAUGUUCUAUUGAAUGGGCAUGGGCCAUCGUCUGAUCAUUACUUUGGCAGUCAGAAAAUGGGCGACAGGGGCAUGGUUGUUGUUUGCCCUGAUUAUAUUGUAUAUCGUGGUCAAUAUUAUACAGAGCCAAUGUUAAUGUUUUCCAGUGAUUGCAUUGAAUUCAUGGGUUCGCUUUCCUAUCGAGAAAAAGGAUCAGUUAACUUCAACCUUCAAUGGGGAAUAGAUGAUAUUGUUGCUAUUGAAUCACAGUGGUCUGAACGGCUUGAAAUAGCUACGGUAAAACUUCAAUUGAUAUCAAAAGAUGCAACGCAAGCUGAAAAUUCACAAGGCACUUCAGUCAUCGAGGAGUUACAGUUUGCAGCAGUCAACUUGAACUGGUGCAAGAAGCAGGAGGAGAUAAUGUCUUUGGAUCUGAGGUAUAAUGCUCUAGUUGUUUUCAGAACUGAAACAGGAGGGGUUGGAGGGUCCUUACAUGGACAGGAUCGCUUAUGCAUCCCAAAGAAAAGAUAUUUUCCCAAGUUCCCAUGCGUGGAGCCACCUUCAAAUAUAGCUUUUACAGUGUGGCAACAAUGGAUUCAAAUCACACAAUUAGAAGAAACAGGAGACACUUUCUGCAUCUCAUUUCCACAAGUAUUGGACUUGGCAAUCACUUAUAGGCCAGAGCAGAACUGUCUGAGUUUUGGUGAGCCGUUUGCUGAAGUUAUCUAUCCAAAGGGUGAUUGUGAUGCUGUUUCAAUUAGUAAGAGCGAUGUUGAUUUAUUACUACCAGACACGUUCGUCAAUGAUACAAUUAUUGACUUCUAUAUCAAAUAUCUGACGAAUGAAUUGCGACUUGAGGAGAGGCAGAGGUUCCACUUUUUCAACAGUUUCUUUUUCCGGAAGUUGAUUGACCUUGAUAAAGAUCCAUCCAGUGCUUUUAAUAGUGGGGCUGCUUUUCUGCGUGUCCGCAAAUGGACAAGAAAAGUGAAUCUAUUUGAAAAGGAUUACAUCUUUAUUCCUGUGAAUUUUAAUUUCCAUUGGAGCUUAAUAGUAAUAUGCCAUCCCGGUGAAGUCACUAAUUUUCAAGAUGAAGAUGAUAAGAAGUCGCUUAAAGUACCAUGCAUAUUGCAUAUGGAUUCUAUUAAGGGAACUCACACUGGUCUCAAGCGUCCUGUUCAGAGUUACUUAUGGGAGGAGUGGAAGGAGAAGCAUAAGGGGACAUCUGAAGAUAUCGCCUCAAAAUUUUUUAAUUUGAGGUUUAUUCCACUUGAGUUACCGCAGCAGCAAAAUUCAUUUGAUUGUGGCCUCUUCUUGCUCCAUUAUGUGGAACGAUUUUUGGAGGAAGCUCCUUUUAACUUCAAUCCAUUCAAAAUAACAAAGUUCUGCAACUUUCUUAGCGCAGAGUGGUUCCCACCUGCUGAGCCUUCUUUCAAGCGUGUUCAUAUCCAGCGGCUUAUCUGUAAAAUCCUUGCAAGUGAAAAUUCUCAACCAUCCUCCAGUGGGAAACCUUGUGCCUCUAACUACCCCAGUGAUAAUGAGAAUGAAACUUGCGUGGAAGUUGUUGCUCAGACAAGCCAUCCUCUAGAGAGUUGUCAUGGGAAAGUAUCCGGUUCUCAAGCUUGUCAGAGGAUUGAAAUGACACUAUUAUCUGGAUCUUCCAAUGGUGUUGCUGAUUCAGGCUUAGUCUUCAGGGAGUUUCUUGAUGGACAAUAUCAAACUUUUGACCGAGCACCAUCUUUUAGUGAGUUUAAAGGUGACAUAUUAUCGAUGCAGGAAGAUGUAGAAGCUGGUGAGCAGUUUGUCUAUUCACCUUCAAACAGAGGUGAUUUUCAGCAAUUGGCUGGUAUUGCCCCUGGAGGUUGCAUUUUUCCUUAUUUGCCAAGAGAUUUCGGAGCAGAGACAUCCUGGAACCCAGAUAUUGACCAAACCAGGCUUGAGGAUGUAGAAGCACCUCCAGGAAAAUCAUUUUGUUCCUCUGAUAAUUCCUUAGAGGUUGAGGUCAAGGAAAAUACCAUUGAUGGAAAGGAUGUCAAUACAGAAGAGAAAAUCAAUCAACCAGGAUCUCCACCGUUAGAAAACAUAGGGUGCCCGAAAGAAACCCUUGCCUCUGGUCCUAGAGAGAUGGUCGAUGUUGCAGAUUCUCAGUCCCCUGAUCAUACUCUUGAUUCCGGUCCCAAUGCUGAUAGCCUCACCCCUUCUCCAAAGAGUUUGGCUGAAAUGUCCCAUCAGGACUGCAAUGUGCAAGAAAAUGAGAGCAUUCCUAGUGCUGAUUUGUGUUUGAUUGCUGAUACUUUAGCAUCUGAACCAGACGAACAGCAGGUUUAUGACAGGGUUGGCGACUUCUCAUUGCCAGAAUCAGACAGGGAUCAGGUUUUGGAGAUGGCAGCUGUUGAUUCGGUGCUGGAAUCAGAUGGACAUCUGGCUGCCAAGAGGGUUGCUGAUGACUCAGUGACUGAAUCAGACAAGCAGCUGCCGACUGCUAAAAAACUCCGCCUCACGCCGCCUCUGGAAGAGGAAAGGAGGCUAACUAGAAGCGUCUCUCAAAUGUAAAUUGGGGUCAGCUAGAUAGCUUAGCUUUUCUUCUAUUUUAGCAUUCUUCUUUUGGCCCUCCUGGUUUACCAGGAGCUCUCAACAUGAUAGAUAUAUUGAAUGCUGCAUUGUGAAUAGAAUAGUAGUGUUCUAUGGCGUUCCGUGGACUCUUGGACGUUGCUCGCCCCCUCCUCAAAAAAGUCUCCUUUCAGGCUGGAAAGUGGUGGUUCAUAUAUAACCCAUAGGACUUCUGUAUUGUUGGCCAUAUAUCUGCACAGUUGUACGUGGCAGUUAAUGGAAGAAAAUGAUGAUAUGAUUUUAACUAGCAAUUUGCUAGAAUAGGAAAGAAAAUUAUCAUUACAAUGUCUAGUUUGUUCAGUUUCUAACUGCGGCGGCAUUGUUAUUGUUCCAAGUGGGGAAAUCUGAAACAUUAAUUGUUUGUUGGUUUCAUAGAAGCUUUUGGAUGUUGUGUGUAUUUUAACGAAGUUGUAAAAGGGCCAAGUUGAGGCGAGUCGAAAUUCUACCCUUGUCCGUUAGGCAUGCAUGCAUGCGUGCGUUUAAUAAAAUAAUCAAAAUGCAUUCUUAACAUUAA